AUGCCUGCUGGUUUCGAAUGGAGCGAUCUUGAUGUGCAAAAUGAGACGGAGCGACUCGAGCUUUACAAUCUACUUGCGAACAACUACGUCGAAGACGAUGACGCCCUAUUCCGAUUUGAUUACAGCCAAGAAUUCUUGCUCUGGGCAUUGACACCUCCCGAAUUUCGUAAGGAACUCUUGUUCGGUGUCCGGAGUUCUUCCACUAAAAAACUGGUUGCCUUUAUUUCUGCCGUUCCGGCGCGGGUGCAGGUGUACACGAAGGACAUUCCCAUUGUAGAAAUUAACUUUCUGUGCGUACACAAAAAGCUACGCGCCAAGCGGCUCGCCCCUGUCCUCAUCAAGGAGAUUACUCGCCGCGUAAAUCUCACCGGAGUGUUUCAAGCCGUCUAUACUGCCGGUACCGUCCUGCCCGUGCCGGUCGCUUCGGCCCGGUACCAUCACCGCUCGCUCAAUCCAAAAAAGCUCGUCAACGUGGGAUUUUCCAGACUUGGACACCGUAUGACUAUGGCCCGCAUGCAAAAGCUGUACAAGCUACCGACCGAACCACACACCCCUGGUUUGCGGGCUAUGGAGAUGAAAGAUGUGGAAGGUGUGCACACACUGAUGCAGGAAUAUUUGAGCAAAUUUCAUCUCAAAGUCCUUUUUACACUAGAAGAAGUGGAACAUUGGUUGCUGCCGCGCGAAAACGUUAUCAGCUCUUACGUUGUGGAAAGCAAGGACGGAACUUUGACCGAUUUUCUGUCAUUUUACCACUUGCCCAGUAGUAUCCUACACCACGACGAUACCUUACAUGCGGCCUAUUCGUACUACAAUGUUGCUACAUCUGUGCCGCUGGUGGAUCUCAUGAAGGAUGCUUUAAUUUUGGCGAAAAAGACGGGUUCUGAUGUUUUCAACGCUUUGGAUUUGAUGGAAAAUCAAAAAUUUCUGGAGCCUCUCAAGUUUGGUAUUGGUGACGGUAAGCUGCAGUACUACAUUUACAAUUGGUCCUGUCCGGAGAUGCCUCCAAACCAGGUCGGCGUUGUAUUGCUGUAG